AUGUACGUAAAGCCACCUCUUACCAUCAUGUACGUGAAGCCACCUCUUACCAUCAUGUACGUGAAGCCACCUCUUACCAUCAUGUACGUGAAGCCACCUCUAACCAUCAUGUACGUAAAGCCACCUCUUACCAUCAUGUACGUAAAGCCACCUCUUACCAUCAUGUACGUAAAGCCACCUCUUACCAUCAUGUACGUGAAGCCACCUCUUACCAUCAUGUACGUAAAGCCACCUCUUACCAUCAUGUACGUAAAGCCACCUCUUACCAUCAUGUACGUAAAGCCACCUCUUACCAUCAUGUACGUAAAGCCACCUCUUACCAUCAUGUACGUGAAGCCACCUCUUACCAUCAUGUACGUAAAGCCACCUCUUACCAUCAUGUACGUGAAGCCACCUCUUACCAUCAUGUACGUGAAGCCACCUCUUACCAUCAUGUACGUAAAGCCACCUCUUACCAUCAUGUACGUAAAGCCACCUCUUACCAUCAUGUACGUGAAGCCACCUCUUACCAUCAUGUACGUAAAGCCACCUCUUACCAUCAUGUACGUAAAGCCACCUCUUACCAUCAUGUACGUAAAGCCACCUCUUACCAUCAUGUACGUGAAGCCACCUCUAACCAUCAUGUACGUAAAGCCACCUCUUACCAUCAUGUACGUAAAGCCACCUCUUACCAUCAUGUACGUAAAGCCACCUCUUACCAUCAUGUACGUAAAGCCACCUCUUACCAUCAUGUACGUGAAGCCACCUCUUACCAUCAUGUACGUAAAGCCACCUCUUACCAUCAUGUACGUAAAGCCACCUCUUACCAUCAUGUACGUAAAGCCACCUCUUACCAUCAUGUACGUGAAGCCACCUCUUACCAUCAUGUAUGUGAAGCCACCUUUUACCAUCAUGUACGUGAAGCCACCUCUUACCAUCAUGUACGUAAAGCCACCUCUUACCAUCAUGUACGUAAAGCCACCUCUUACCAUCAUGUACGUAAAGCCACCUCUUACCAUCAUGUACGUAAAGCCACCUCUUACCAUCAUGUACGUAAAGCCACCUCUUACCAUCAUGUACGUGAAGCCACCUCUUACCAUCAUGUAUGUGAAGCCACCUUUUACCAUAUGUUAUGGGGGCAGUAGGUAA